AUGGGGCCACAAGACCGGACCAACCGUGGAGCACUGGCUCAUCUGCCCUCUACCACCCGACCCCUGCAGCCAGAAAGACCUUGCAGAGUUCAACACGCACGCAAAGACCUGUGUCAAGAAAUGGGAGACGAAAAGAAACGAAAAGAAGAAGACUGUCAGCAGCGGUGGAGGAAACAAGACAUGGAGGAUCACAAGACCAGCUUCCUCCUGGGAAACGCCCAGAUCGUGGAGUGGCCUGUAGUCUACAGCAAUGACGGAUUCUGCAAGCUGUCUGGUUUCCACAGGGCCGAGGUCAUGCAGAAGAGCAGCACAUGCAGUUUUAUGUACGGCGAGCUGACGGACAAGAAGACCAUCGACAAAGUCAGACAGACGUUCGACAACUAUGAGUCCAACUGCUUCGAGGUCCUGCUCUACAGGAAGAACAGAAGCCCGGUGUGGUUCUACAUGCAAGUGGCUCCCAUCAGGAACGAGAACGACAAGGUGGUCCUGUUCCUCUGCACCUUCAAGGACAUCACGCUCUUCAAGCAGCCCAUCGAGGACGAGACCACCAAAGGAUGGACCAAGUUUGCGCGGCUGACACGAGCGCUCACCAACAACCGCAACACGCUGCAGCAGCUGGCACCCGUGAGCAAGCAUGAAGUCACACACAAGCAGUCCAGACUGGCAGAGGUCCUGCAGCUCAACUCGGACAUCCUCCCCCAGUACAAGCAGGAGGCGCCGAAGACACCUCCCCACAUCAUCCUGCACUACUGCACCUUCAAGACCACGUGGGACUGGGUCAUCCUCAUCCUCACCUUCUACACGGCCAUCAUGGUGCCCUACAACGUCUCCUUCAAGACCAAGCAGAACAACAUCGUGUGGCUGGUGCUGGACAGCGUGGUGGACGUCAUCUUCCUGGUGGACAUCGUCCUCAACUUCCACACCACCUUCGUCGGGCCCGGCGGCGAGGUCAUCUCCGACCCCAAGCUGAUCCGCAUGAACUACCUGAAGACCUGGUUCGUCAUCGACCUGCUGUCCUGCCUGCCCUAUGACAUCAUCAACGCCUUCGAGAACGUGGACGAGGGCAUCAGCAGCCUCUUCAGCUCCCUCAAGGUGGUUCGCCUGCUGCGUUUGGGCCGGGUGGCCAGGAAGCUGGAUCACUACCUGGAGUACGGGGCGGCCGUCCUGGUCCUGCUGGUCUGCGUCUUCGGACUGGUGGCCCACUGGCUCGCCUGCAUCUGGUACAGCAUCGGAGACUACGAGGUCAUCGACGAGGCCACCAACACCAUCAAGAGGGACAGCUGGCUCUACCAGCUGGCCAUCAGCAUCGGCUCCCCGUACCGCUACAACGCCAGCGGCUCCGGCCAGUGGGAGGGCGGGCCGGGGAAGGACUCCCUGUACAUCACCUCGCUGUACUUCACCAUGACCAGCCUGACCACCAUCGGCUUCGGCAACAUCGCCCCGACCACGGACGGGGAGAAGAUCUUCUCUGUGGCCAUGAUGAUGGUGGGAUCUCUGCUCUACGCCACCAUCUUCGGAAACGUCACCACCAUCUUCCAGCAGAUGUACGCCAACACCAACCGCUACCACGAGAUGCUCAACAACGUGCGCGACUUCCUGAAGCUCUACCAGGUGCCCAAGGGCCUGAGCGAGCGCGUCAUGGACUACAUCGUCUCCACCUGGUCCAUGUCCAAGGGCAUCGACACCGAGAAGGUCCUGUCCAUCUGUCCUAAGGACAUGAGGGCCGACAUCUGCGUCCACCUCAACAGGAAGGUGUUCAACGAGCACCCGGCCUUCCGGCUGGCGAGCGACGGCUGCCUGCGCUCGCUGGCCGUGGAGUUCCAGACCAUCCACUGCGCGCCCGGCGACCUCAUCUUCCACGCCGGCGAGAGCGUCGACACGCUGUGCUUCGUGGUGUCGGGGUCGCUGGAGGUCAUCCAGGACGACGAGGUCAUCGCCAUCUUAGGUAAAGGCGACGUGUUCGGCGACGUGUUCUGGAAGGAGACCACGCUGGCACACGCGUGCGCCAACGUGCGGGCGCUGACCUACUGCGACCUGCACGUCAUCAAGAGGGAGGCCCUGCUCAAGGUGCUCGAGUUCUACACCGCCUUCGCCAACUCCUUCUCCCGCAACCUCAUCCUCACCUGCAACCUCCGCAAGCGGAUCAUUUUCCGCAAGAUCAGUGAGGUGAAGAAGGAGGAGGAGGAGAGGCAGCGGGCGAAGAACGAGGUGCAGCUCACCAUCCCGCAGGACCAUCCCGUCCGCAAGCUCUUUCAGAAGUUCAAGCAGCAGAAGGAGCUGCGGAACCAGGGAGCCGCCGCCUCGCAGCUGGACCUGGAGAAGAACCAGCUGCAGGUGGAGCAGCACCACCAGCACCUGCACCCCCACAGCCUGCAGCUGGGCCACUCCAGCCUGCAGCACUCCCUGCCGCUCAGCCUGCAGCGGCCCCACUCCUCUCUGCAGAACGGGGCCCCGCCCAGCAGCAGCGUGCUGACGGUGUCUCAGGUCACGCCCAUGCAGAGCUCCCUGGCGUACAGCCACCCCAGCGAGCCCCCCCUCAAGCAGAACAACUGUGAUAUCAUGGAGCUGCAGCCGAGCUCCGCCGGAGCGGGGGGCGAGCAGACGUCCAUCACCAGGCUCAAAGCCAGCGCCAGCCCCGCGCUGGGCAAGCCGGCCGCCAAGGCCAGCGGCUGGAUGCGCCUCAAAAACAACAUGGCCCCUCCUGUGGCCCCGACAGAGCUCAGGAAGGAGGGGCUCAACAACAACGUCAAGGCUGUUUCCGUGGAGAUGCUCUCUCAGGAGGGCAAAGGUCAGGAGGCGGGAGGCAGGGGGGAUAUAGAGGAGGGCGGGGUGUCCAGCAACAACCCCCUCCGCAAGACAGACUCCUGCGACAGCGGCAUCACCAAGAGUGAGCUGCGCAUCGACCGGGCGGGGGAGGCGCGCACCCCGGCCGCCGUCACCCCGCUCCUCCACAGCCCUAUCCCGGGAGGGGCGGGGUCUCCCCACCCCUUCUGCCCCAUCCCGGAGCAGGCCCUGCAGGCGGCGCUGCACGACACCCGGCUGGAGCUCCGGGGGGACAUCCAGACUCUGGGAGGCCGCCUGGGCGCCCUGGAGAGUCAGGUCGCCGAGAUUAUCAAACUGCUGUCGGACAAGAGGAGGCCCUCGGUGGGGGCGCCGCCGGCCUCCGCCACACCCAAAACCAAAAUGAAACGCCAGGACAUCUUCACCGUCUCCAGACCGGUGUCGCCGGACUCAGAGAAGGACGACGGCCUCUGAAGGGAGCUGAGCCAGUGGUGCAGGGGCGGCCGAGGCUGAGGGUCACCGCUGCGGCCCCAACCACCGCUACCAGUCAGGAUCAGGCUGACAUGGGACAUCCAGUUGAGCUGCACCACUGGUCUCACCCCGCCCCCCCCCCCCCCCGACAUGCGGACUGGCUUCUUUAGCAUUUGCACACAGACGUUUGUCUCCCGGUCAUGUGAGAGCGAGCGCCUCCUUUGUGAUUGUACAUACCUCUCUAUGCAUGUCCAGCUGGAUUCUGGCCUGCCAAAGAAACAACUCCACAUACGUAUUGCCUGUAUAUUAUGCAGUUGACUGCAUGCAAAACUCUAGAGAACUGAGAUUUUAUUGAGCUACACUGUACAUACGAAUAUUUUUCAUUGAUGAUUUAUUAUGUGGACAUUCAGGGUUUGCAUACUGGUAGCACUAUAUACACCGAAUAACAAAUGGGUUUACUGGAAAAGGGGAUAGUGCAUGGAUUUGCAAAUAGAGAAAUUUAAAGGGUUGAGUUUUAUUUUAGUGACUAAUUUAUUUGUUGGUUUGGGUUUUGCCCAUGAAAUGAAAUAUAAGUUUGAUAAGGCUCUCACCUCUCACUGGUUCCCGUAUGUGAUGCAGCAUUAUCCCUGAACGCGGUGAGCAAUGCUAUGGUUUAAGGUGAUUUUUUUUAUUUAUUUCUUUUUUUUAUAUAUAUAUAUAUAUAUAUAUCAGACCCGGCUUCUUGAAAUGAUUUCUAUUUUUGAUGACUGAGCUGUCCUCUGCCUCCGCUCGACGUCCGUCACACCC